GUCCACGUGACUAACACGGAAGUGAAAGGUGUGCAGCUCGUGUUAACGGUGCACAACAACAUUAGCUCCUAGUUUACAAUUAAGGUGUUUUUCUUCCCAGGUUUGCUAAAUUCAAGUAUUUAAGAAAGAAAGAAAGAAAGAAAGAAAGAUCUUGUGUAGAUUCCCUAACAAGCUUGAUUACAGUAUUUGGUGACAGGUUAAAGCAGCAUGCUAAAGGAGCUCCAUUAAAGUUAUUGAAGCUUCAUAAUGCCGCUUGUUCCAGCUAACCAGCCGCAGCUGAUCCGCUCUGCCCAGAAGGACGAAUAUUAUCAAACUAGUCUGAGAAAUAACGCUAACGAGGCUUUCCAGACUCUUGCUGGAUCAAGACGAUGGCUGCAGUGGAGGAAAGAAGUGGAAGUACUGUCAGAUCUCGCCUAUUAUGCACUAACCACUCUGUCAGGAUAUCAGACAUUAGGUGAAGAAUACGUCAGCAUUAUCCAGGUUGACCCCACCAGACGCAGGAUCCCUUCCCGGACACGCAGGCUGGCUCUGGUUCUGCUCCACACCUUCGUACCGUAUGUCCUGGACAAACUCCUGGUGUGUAUAGAACGUGAGCUGGAGUUGGAGGAUUUAGAUUCCCAGAACACACAGCGAGACACGGCAUUAACCUGGAGCCCGAUGUCCUAUAUAAAGCCAUGGAUUCAGAGGGCGGUGAGAAUGCUGAAUAGUCAGCAGAGGAAAUCUUUAAAGCCUGUGGUCUUCGCAGUGCAGCAGGGGAUCACCAUUUUAAACAGGGUGCAUGUGGCUCUGUUCUACAUCAGUGGUGCGUUUUAUCACCUGGCCAAAAGGACAUCAGGCGUCAGCUAUCUCAGAGUGCAGGGGAUGGCCGUGGACGAUAAAGGCAUCCGGACCAGCUAUCGGCUUUUAGGGUGUGUGUCACUGUUGCAGCUGGCCAUCACACUUGCUCUGCAGUUUAACAGCCUGAGACAGAGGCAGCGUGCCAGACAGGAGUGGACACAGCACAGAAAUCUGCCCUCAAGUCCAAAGGAGACUUCGUCCUCUCGAUCUUCUCGCUGUAUUCUGUGCUUAGAGGAGAGGAGACACUCCACAACAACCCCCUGUGGCCAUCUGUUCUGCUGGGAGUGUAUCACAGAGUGGUGCAACACCAAGACGGAGUGUCCGCUGUGCCGAGAGAAAUUUCAGCCUCAUCGCCUGGUUUUUCUGAGAAGUUACAGAUAGAUGACUUAAUAUUUCACCACAACAUGAACUGGGCCUUCAUUCCAGGACUGCUUUAAAAAAAAACCCUCAUAGCCAGCUGGCAAGUGUGUGUGUGAUCUGCAUCAUGGUGCUACGACACAGGAUCAGUGGAUAUUUAACCAGACCACACUUGCACUUUGACAACAAGAACCAUACAGCUGAAAUGGUUUCCUCUGAACUGUGUGCCCAGGCUUGUGAUUGGUUGGGUUUGUUAAUUAGGCUAAUUAGCUAGCUACAUGGUUAUGUAAAAUAAAAUAAAUAGCUACCAAUGUGUAAAUUUCAUUGAAGAAUAAGUAGGAAAAAAUAUUUAUUGCUCAUUUUUCAUUUUCAUUUUAAUUAUACUAUUUAAUUGUGUUCAUGCUGUAAAAGGAAAAUCGCUUUUCCUUAUUUAAAUUAUAAUCUCAUUGCUUUUUAAGAUAAGGCCCUGCCUUACUUACCCUUCCUUUAAUAACCUGUUUCUUACCGGUGUCCCCCUCGUACACGCGACAACAUGAAACGAACAGAGAUUCUUUUAAAAUAAUAAACGAUUGAGUUUUCA